GUGGUCGACCGCCGCCGCUGCACCUCUGACAUGCGCAGUAGACGCCGACCACUUCGACACGAAUGCUGACUCAUCGACCUCCGCCUGGUUCCUGUGGCCACGCCACCCCUCCGGCCCGGUGGUGGCCAUGAGCGGCGCUCGCCACGCUUCAGAAGAUGACCUCCGCUCCGUGUGACCCGGACAUGCUGGACCUGGCGGCCCGCCUCAACUGCACCUCCCACAACGGGACGGUAGGGGGCGCCUCGCUGCAGCUUCCCACGUUCAGCACGGCGGCGCAGGUCAGGGUCAUCGUCACCUUCAUCCUCUGCGGGAUUUCGGCGUUCUGCAACCUGGCGGUGCUGUGGGCGGCCCACGGCGAGGGCAAGCGCAAGUCGCACGUCAGAGUCCUGAUCGUCAACCUGACGGCGGCCGACCUGCUGGUGACCUUCAUCGUGAUGCCGGUGGACGCAGUGUGGAACAUCACAGUCCAGUGGCUGGCUGGAGACCUGGCCUGCCGGCUGCUGAUGUUCCUGAAGCUGCAGGCCAUGUACUCCUGCGCCUUCAUCACCGUGGUCAUCAGCCUGGACCGACAGGCCGCCAUCCUCCACCCUCUGGCCAUCAACGAGGCCCGCAAGAGGAACAGGCUGAUGCUGACGGCGGCCUGGACCAUGAGCGUGCUGCUGUCCGUCCCUCAGACCUUCCUCUUCCACAUCGUCACCAUCAGCGAGCCCUCAGACUUCACGCAGUGCAGCACCCUGGGAAGCUUCGUCAUCCGCUGGCACGAGACGGCCUACAACAUGUUCACCUUCUGCUGCCUCUUCCUGCUGCCGCUGGUCAUCAUGAUCACCUGCUACACCCGCAUCUUCUGCGAGAUCUCCAGGAGGCUCCGGACGGACAACCUUUCCCCCAACGAGGUCCACCUCCGCUGUUCCAAGAACAACAUCCCCAGGGCCAGGAUGAGGACUCUGAAGAUGAGCAUCGUCAUUGUCCUCUCCUUCAUCGUCUGCUGGACCCCCUACUACCUGCUGGGCCUGUGGUACUGGUUCUUCCCCGAGGACCUGGAGGGGAAGAUCUCCCACUCGCUGACCCACAUCCUCUUCAUCUUCGGCCUGGUCAACGCCUGCCUGGACCCGCUGAUCUACGGCCUCUUCACCAUCCGCUUCAGAAAGAGACUGCGCAGGUGUCACAGCCACGCCACCUCCGUGCCCGACCUGGAGAACCACACCAUCAUCAGCGAGGCCUUCCACAACUCGGUCGCUCUGAACCGGGUGGCUCAGCAGCCGCACGUCUCCAGCUUGGAUGGUCGCUGUCAAGACGACACGGACGGAGGCGGACUCCAGCCCAGUCCCGAGACCCUCAUGUGAGGACAGGAGCCAGACACAGAGGAACCACUGACAAACACAUGGUCAGCCAUGUAUUUACUGACUGGAGACGAUAAUCAAGGCGCUUUUUUAGGAUGAGGUUUUGUGUCUGUUCCAGGGGAAAAAUAGUCAGGCACAACUCAGUACCUUAUCACGAUGAAUUGCUGCUAAUACACACAUAGGUACCGUAAUUCCUGGACUAUAGAGCGCACAGGAAUACUAGCCCCACCCACUACAUUUAAGAAGGGAAACAGAUCUUGUUCAACCAUAAGCCGCAGGUUCAGUGGUGCUGUCUGCGCUGUGGACAGGUCUGUGGUGCACCGGUUUAAAAACGCUUUUCAAAACUAGUUUGGAAAACAGGGACCAGCAAUGACAGUGAGGAAAUAGCAGCGUAAUACGGAGCGUCUUGAUUUAUCCACGCUGCUCUCACAACAGACAAGGUGCAGGUCUCCAGCUGGGAUCAAGUCAGCGGCCCAAACCCAACUCGCUUGCGUUUAUGUCGGACUUUUGAGCUGAACGCACGUUGUCUGGAGACAGUGUCUCACAUCUUUUAUUCACAUUAAAUUACAUUAAACAUUAAAGCCCUGAAAAUGCGCUGUUUUCCCCCCGUGUGCCCGACGUUCCAGCACCACUGCUGGUCUCAGCAGCUGCUUCUGGAUUCCAGACCUUCAGAAGAUCCACACUGUUGACGGAGCUGUGGACACACGAGUGAAAACGUUGCAUUUUGAGCGCUUCAAGGGUCAAUAAAAAGCAGCUGAUUUAGUCUGACUUCAGCCUUUAAAAAUCCACAUAUGAACUGCACUGUUGUAUGAGCCGCAGGGCUCAGACCGCAAGAAAAAAGCAGCGGCUUGUAGUACGAAAAUUAAGGUCAUUUAUUUAUGGUAGUAUAUGUUCCCUAAUCAAAAGUGCAACCAGUAAAUCUGUUAAAAAUAGGAAGUUUUAUAUUAGUACUUUCUCAUCCUAGCUGUGGCACCAUUUGUAGUCCAUUUCAUCCACAUUCCAACAAGGCUCCGGUGAGUGACAAUCAGGCCGAUAUAUCAUGGAUAGUUUUGAAAAAAAAAUGGAAUAAGAGGCAGUCAGCUGUGCUUCGCUCUGUGGGGCCUGUUCGAUGAGUGACCCUGGGAUGACCUCUAGCCACUGAAGCUAGCAAGGAACUUCCAUGUCUCUGGUUUCAGGUACUGGCUCCUGUGACAUCCCACAUGUGACGCUGUUUCAUGAGACUAGCUAGUCUUUGACUUGUAUGAAUUGCUGUUUAUUUACUCAAUGAUUCACUGGAGGAGUCAAAUAAACAAGUAUGGCAUUUCACUGCACAAAUACUUCGGUUCUUGUCUCCUGUGGAACAGAUUUUGAGAAAUGGAGGGAAAAUCUCAUGGAAAACCAUGACAA